AUGCACUCCGUUUCGGACUUGACCACUUUCUCGAGGCCCACCAGUGGAGAUGUGCCUCCGAAGCUCGUCGGCGCAUCGACGACAGUGGUCGGGAGCAAGGUCUAUCUCUAUGGCGGACGGCUGGUCACCGAGCGUCGGAUGGUGACCGACAUGUGGCUGUUUGAUCUGAACACGCUAGUGUGGAGAAGGCUGGAGCAGUCCGCAGACGAAGACCUCCCGGCCUCGCGCUACUUCCACAGCGCAGACGCAUGGGACAACUACCUCGUCAUCUUUGGCGGUAUGGGCAUCAACCCGGAGGCUGAAGACACAUCCGACGAACUCUUGGUACUCAGCGACGUCCGUUUCUUUGACCUGCGCCAGAACCGCUGGAUGUCCGCCCAAUGGUCGACCAACCAGCUGCAGGAGCAGCCGAUCGCACCAAAGCCUCGCUACGCGCACCUGUCUUCCAUCUCUGGCAGCCGGCUAUUCGUGAUCGGCGGCCAGGACUUGAAUAACGUAUGGCUCGACGAUGUCUACGUGUAUGAUCUGCACCGCCGUGGCUGGGUCUCGGCGCAUGACUAUCCGCGCCAUUGCGGUACAUACCGCUCCGUCGCAGUCGCCGGAAACCUUCGUGUCCGCCUUCCAUUGCACGAACAGCGCAAUGCAAAGCCCACCCCAAAGCCCGUCUUCCGCCCAGACGGCCAAGCAUCCUCCUCGUCCGCGCCGCAGACAUCCUCCGACUCGCUCAUUCACUUGCCUUACUCCGCUGCGCCCACCGAUGAUUUUCCCACGGACAUUUAUCUGUACAGCAACUACAACUUCACAGACGUCAAGCGCGAACUCGAGGUCUUUAGCCCACGGCCCGGCAGCGGCUUCGAAAUUACGGAUCACUCGUCUUCAAUGGUGGGCACGUCCUUCCCGCCCGGCCUGCGCUUCCCCUCGGGCGCAAUCCUCGGCCACCACCUGAUCAUCGCCGGCACCUACCUCGCACACAGUUUCCAGUCAUCUUCUGUCUGGGCACUGAACUUGCAUGAUAUGACAUGGUCGCGCAUCGACCCCGGUAGCACGCUCAGCACCGGCUCUUGGUUCCGCACUGCGCUCUGGGCCGAUGCCAACAAGUUUGUCAUCUUCGGCAACCGCGCUGGGAACUUGGUCGACGAUUACAACCGCCGACUGCUUUCCUGGGACGACGUCGCGCUUAUAGACCUGGAGGCGUUCGGGAUCUACCAGCCCCCGAAACUCGAACUUGAUCUACGCAUGCAAGAAAUCGGUCUUGCCGCGCUCGAGGAAGGCGUUCUCGCCGACUUCGAAAUCAUCUGCGACGAUGAUCGCCGCAUCCGCUGCAGCAGGAAGUUGUUGGACGAGCGCUGGCCGUGGUUCCGUGAGCAGCGCAAGAUCUUCCUUGCCGCCGCACAGCGUGCUUUGGAGGCGAUCCCCAUGUCAGCGCAGGACGGCCCCGCACCAGAACUUCCUGGAGGACCCCGUCCGGAUCCGCGCCUGUCACCCCGUUCAUUGGCGCUCAGCGAGCCGUACCCGGUCACCCUCGCGCUCCUGCAGUACUUUUAUAGCAUGGCGCUUCUUACUCCGCUGCAACAUGCACCGCCAGUGCUCUCGGCCCUCCUGGUCAUCGCAACAAACUACAACAUCUCCCAUCUCCAGGCACUCGUCAAGCAUGCCAUGCACCGUGCGCUGUCAAACUCGACAAGCGUGGGCGUAUACGAGGUUGCAACGUUGUGCAGCUGCCGAAGCUUGCAGAUCCGGGCCCUCAAGACCGUUAUGCUCUAUAACCAGAAGCGGCCCGCAGGACGCUCACGGCAGCAGGACAGGGAUAAUAAUGGCUCUUCUCGUCCACCUGAACCGACCAACGGUCAGGGUGGCAGUGGCGGCUCGGCACCCGGCCCCGAAUCCUCCAGCGCUCGACCUCGCGGGAUGUCCGACGCGCAGUGGAUGAGUCGCGGUACGAACGUAGGCAUGGCACCAGGAGGGCGCGCCGUCGCAACAGCCAUCGACUUCCCUCCUGUUCCCGGCCUGCCAGAAGCGCUGGCGGGGUACCAAUUGCAGGGCAGCCCAAUGCAUCCGCCUGAACACCCGGUACCGAGGACAGCGCAGACCUUACCAGCGUCAACGUCACCGCCGCCCACGAAGCAACCCUUAUUCUUGCACAGGAAGCGCAAUGUCUCUGGAUUAGCGCCUCGCCAGGAUAUGCCGUUCAUGCCGCCCCCGUCAGCCGAGCGUCCACCCGCACCCUCACGCUCGAACUCGAACAGCAGCCUGUCGACCCGUCCCUCGAUGGAGAUGAUGCGGCGCAACAGCGUCGUGAGCAUGGCCACUCAUGACGACCUGACGGAUCUGGGCGAUAUGUUGGCCCCGAUCGUCGAGGUUCCGCGUGGGCUUUCCGAUGAGCAUGUGUGGCAUCCGGCCGUCGAGGCACAGUCCCCCCUCGAGGUCCCGCCGCCGGCUCGCGCAAGCUUCCCCGUCAGCGCCUCGUCGCGCUCGUCGCUGUACUCGUCGCCGUCGGAGUACUCUGAUGGUCCGGAUGAGCGAAGCCCCAUUCUGCCCUCGCUCAAUAUCGAGAUGCCGCCGCAACGGCUCGCGGCGCCUACCAUGGCAUUCUCGGCGUCGUCAUCCUCCAGCAAUUCGUCGCCCUCACCUCGCACACCCGACGAGUCGCACCUCUCGCCCACACUAGCGUCAAGCAGCCUCUCCUCGUCUUCGUUGUACUCCCGUGGUCGCAUCCCAGAGCGCGACAGCGAUACCCCAUCGCUCACAUCCAGUGCGAGCCGAUCCUCCUUGGGCGAUAGCCACCGGACAAGCUCGCUCAUGUCGCCCCCCGUCUCCCCAGGACCGGGCGCGCACUUCUCGGUAUACGGCGACGCGGCGGACGGCUUGAAUUACCUCGCGACAAUCUCGGAGCCGGACGAGGACGCGGCGGACGCGCACUUUAUUCGUCGGCCUAAUUCUCGCUCGCCGCGCCCGGGUGAGCCGAUACAUCCGUAUAGCGCGCGCGGGCAGGGCUUCCCUGGUAAUGAGAAGUGGGAGAGGGCGGAGGAGCCGCUGGCGUUCCAUGUUGCGGACCCGUCGUCGUCGACUAUUCGGCCGAAGUAUAAUGUCGAUGCGUUGAGGCUGAACUCGACGAGCCCGACGAAUACGAUCAUUGCACCGCCGGAGGUGGAGUCGCCCGUCUCGUCGCAUAGGCAGCUCCGACAUAUGCCGAGCUUCUCCUCGUCGAGCGACAGCGGAACUAGGAGUGCGAGCGGCAGCGGCAAGAGCCUCAACCCACUCGCGCGGGUCAUGUCGCCGAGCCGCACUGCGUUGGCAACUCCGACCGACAAGUCCUCGUCCUCGUACAAGGCUGCGCUCAAGGCGGACGCGAAGGCGGCGAAGGAGCAUGCCAAGGCACUCAAACUCGAGGUUGCCAGGCAGAAGAAGGAAGAAGACCGUCUGCGCAAGGAGCGGCUCAUGCUCGAGUUCCGCGCCAAGGCUGAUGCGGAGAAGCGGAAGCGCGAUGCCGCGAGCACGUAUAGCGGCAAGAGCGACGAGAAGAAGAAGGAGAAGGCUGCUUGGGAGGAGAAGGGCGCGAUGUAUAGCGGCAUCAACACUUUCCUCUAA